UUGGCACGGUUUAGUCAGCGAUUCAGUUCACCGUGAGUAAGGAAGUACACUGGCGAGGAUUUGAGACCCAAAAACCGUUGUGUUAAUCAGACUUAUAAAAUGUGGACUCGGGAAGAGAGUUUAACGGUUUUAAAGGGCAAGUUUUUAGUGGAGUGGAACAUUGAUGUUACGUUGUGAUCUAUGUGGAGCCACGGUGGAAGCCGGUGUCCCGAGUUGGAUAAUUUCCCAGGGCAUAGAUAGUGGUGUCCAGGGACGGGGUGAAAGGUCAUGCCUCACUCACUUGGGUUCCUGUCUGGCCAGGAGCUAGGGCUGAAGCUUCUGGUCUGGAUUUCCCUCUGGGAUUUCCUCUGUUCACAAGAGCUGAAGACGACGAGAUGGCCUCUCUAUUCCCAGAAGCCCCUGAUCCUGGCCUGGAAUGCUCCCACGGAGGACUGCACCCCGCGGCAUGGCGUCCGCUUCCAGCUGGACCAGUUUGAUAUUGUAGCGUCACCCAACGAGGGCUUCGUCCGCCAGAACCUUACCAUCUUCUACAAGGACCGCCUGGGGCGGUAUCCAUACUAUGAGCGUGACCGGGAACCAGUAAACGGUGGCAUCCCACAGAGUGCCAGUCUCAUUCAGCACCUGGAGAAGAUGCCGGACGAUGUGGGCUACUACAUACGGGACUCCACAGCAAAGGGUCUUGCUGUCAUUGACUGGGAGGAGUGGCGCCCUCUUUGGAUCCGUAACUGGGAGGCCAAGGAUGUGUACCGGGAACACUCGAAACGCCUGGUGGCCCAGAAGAACCCAGUUUGGUCACCCGACCAGGUGUCCAAAGUGGCUCAGCAGGAAUUCGAGUUGUCGGCUCGCAAGUUCAUGCUGGAGACCCUGCGGACGGCCAAGAGCUUGCGUCCCGGACAGCUGUGGGGCUUCUAUCUCUUCCCUGACUGUUACAACCACGACUACCGCAGCGGGCUCAAGAACUACUCUGGCCGCUGUCCAGAUGUGGAGAUGGCACGCAACGAGCAGCUGCAGUGGCUGUGGACGGAGAGCACGGCGCUCUUCCCCUCCAUCUACGUGGCCCCGGCGCUCCGCUCCACCGUCUCCGGCCGCCAGUUCGUCCGCAACAGGGUGAAGGAGGGCAUGCGGCUGGCAUCGACAGGCAAUGGCACGGCGAGGCCUGUCUUUGUGUACACACGACCCACCUAUGCCAACGAACUGACGCUGCUAACAGAGUAUGACCUGAUGUCCACUGUUGGGGAGAGCGUAGCUCUGGGGGCAGCCGGAGUGAUCCUCUGGGGCGAUGCCGCCUAUGCCAGCAGCAACGCCAGCUGCUCCAGGCUGAAUGCGUACUUGCGUGGUCCGCUGGGUCGCUAUCUGCUCAACGUGUCGACGGCGGCGGAGCAGUGCAGCAGGGCGCUGUGCGGGUGGCGCGGCCGCUGCCUGCGCAGGAACGCGGACACGGACGCCUACCUGCACCUCAACCCGCUGACCCACAGCGUCCAGGAGCAGGCCGGCCGGCUGCAGGUGCGGGGCCAGCUGGGCGCGCAGGACCAGCGGAGGCUGCGCGAGAGCUUCCAGUGCCAGUGCUACACGGGCCACCGCGGAGAGGACUGCUCGCUGAAGGAGCCCGGGCGCAACCACGCCGCCUCCGUCUGGCGCGUCUGGCUCCCCAGCCUCGCGCUCCCGCUCCUGCUGCUGACGCUGCUGCAUUGAGACCCGGAGCUGAGUUUUGGGGCGGCGUGCGAAGGAUGGUUGGCCCCAGAGGGCCCAGGCUGAGAGUGGUUGAGCCCUUUAUCUAGUCAGAGGUGGAGGGAGGGGGACAGAGACAUAGUGAGCCUGACCACAUGUGACUCCGGAGUCGUUCCAACCCAAAGAUCUGAUCACCCAAAGGAUGGAUGUGUGUGUGCGCGUGUGUGCGUGCACGCCUGUGUGUGUGAAAUUAUUACAUUCUUUAAUAGUCCUUUAGUCUAGCCCUUUAGUUCAGCGAGUAGAGUGUGUGGUGACAUGAGUGAGUGAAGUGUGUGGUGAUAUGAGUGCUUGCCUGGGUGCCUGUCUGUCUUUUGUUUCAGGACGUUUUUGUGACUCGGAAGAAAAAUCUCCUCUUUGGGGGGGGGGGGGG